AUGGCGACCAUGAUGGAAUACACCGUCAGCGGCAAGCCGUCCAUCAAGACGACCCGGCGAGAAGUGCCCAUUCCCGAACCCCAAGCCGAUGAAGUCCUGAUCCAAGUCGUGGCUACGGGCUCCAACCCCAAAGACUGGAAGGCGUCGCGCAACCACGAGGAAGGCCAGGGCAUCAACCAGGGCGAUGACAUUGCCGGCACCGUCGUCAAGGUCGGCAGCAACGUGUGGGAGUUCGCCCCCGGCGACCGCGUGGCCGCCUUCCACCGCAUGUUCACGCCUCACGGCUCGUAUGCCCAGUACGCCAUCGCCCCGGCCAGCACGACCUUCCGCCUGCCGCCCAACAUCUCCUUCGAGGCCGGCGCCACCAUCCCGCUGGCUGCCAUGACCGCCGCCCUGGCCCUGUACCAGAACCUGAAGCUGCCGCUGCCCUGGAACCCGGCGCGCACCGAGACGCCCAUCCUGAUCUACGGCGGCGCGUCCGCCGUCGGCGCCUAUGCGCUGCAGUUCGCCAAGCUCAGCGGCCUGUCGCCUAUCAUCACCGUUGCGGGUGCUGGCGCCGACUUUGUGCGCUCGCUCGGCGCCGCGACGCACAUUGUCGACUACCGCCGGGGCCGGGUGGUCGAGGACAUCCUGGAGGCGCUGGGCGGGAAGAAGCUGCGGUACGCGUUCGACGCGGUGUCGUACAACCGGAGCUACGCGAACAUCGCGGAGGUGCUGUCCGCGUCGUCAGGCGGAGAGGAGAGCUACAUCGACGUGGUCGACCCGCCGUCGGACGACACGGCGAACCCGGACCGCGAGAACUGGCAGUGGCCGGCAGGCAUCCGGAUGACGCGGACGUUUGUGGCGAGCGCGUACGGCGCGGCGCACAAGUACCGCACGCAGCAGGAGGCGCAGGAGGACCGCGACUUUGCCUACGCGUUCUACCGGUACAUGAGCCUGCUGUUGGCGGAGGGCAAGCUGAAGCCGCACCCGUUCGAGGUGCAGCCGGGCGGGCUGGAGAGCGUGGCCAACGGCAUCCAGCAGCUGUUUGACCGGAAGGUGUCGGCGAAGAAGCUGGUGUAUCGGAUCGCGGAUACGCCUGGUUUGAAGUGA